ACGAUAAGUGGUUAACAAUAAUAUCUCAACGAAACUGCAAGUCAUAAAGAACAGUUCGUGUUAAAAAUUAAAUUCAGUUAAGCCAUUUCAACGAUGGGUGUUUAAAUAUUACAGAGUUAUUUUUACACUCGUUACUGGCAGUCACUCUCUAGAGUUAUACACAAACAGUGCCGUCAGUUAAAAUGGCCAAUCAGAGUGCGGAAAAUAUAAAUUUGACCCAAUUGGGAGCAGUUGAAGUUUUGCAAGUUUUCAAGACGCCUUGGCUGUUGGGGAUUGCAGUGUCUACGGCUUGUUUGAUAUUGCAGUUGCUCGUGUUGAUUCUGAUUCCAAAUGCGAGAAAAUAUGACGAAAAAGUGUUGGUUCAACUAACCAUUGCGAGGAUUGUGAAUACGGCGUGCGAAUUUCAGAUCUCAUACGAGAAUUUGGAACCAGGAUUAUUAAACGAUGUGGUGUACGGAUUAUAUUUUCAGUCGGACUUCGCUUUAGUCUCCUGGAUGUUUAUUUUCACGAAGAAUUUAUAUGACAAAGUGGUUUUGGUGUUUGUUUACGAGAAAAUAAGAUUACGUAUUGUUUCAUGUUUAGUUUGGUUCCUGACGUUGCCGGUUGGAGUUUUAUGUCCAGUCUUGUUAACAUAUUACAAACAAUACUGGAAUAUUUUCUACAAAUCUUAUUCUCAGGUUAAAUUUUUUAUGUUGCUUUUGAACGCAUUGAUUUUUAUAGAGAUAUUUCACGUUGCGUGUAAAAUAGGUGUUGAUAGGACGAAAAAUGUUAAGCAUUUAGUAAAGACUUCCGUGAUCGCUUUUAUAUUAGUGUGCAUUACUAGUGCACAAGUUUUAAUAACGGAUCUACUUUCGUAUUAUUUCAUAGUUGGCCACGAGGAUAUCAUUUUUACAUUUUGUGUUGUAAAUUCGUUUCAAACAUUUGCUAUAACCAUCAUAUUUAUCAUUUUAGCUGGAAAGAAACUAAAAACGGAUUCUUUACUCAUAGUAAUAUUAUUUGAAUUAAAAAAACUUUUGUCGACAAGUUAGCUGAUAUAAAUUCGUGUCCAGAUUCUAAUCAGUAGUCGUACCACGAGUCACUGACAGUGUC